AUGUGUCUUCCGACGGCUUUCAGCAUCUUGACAGAUUCCAUGCCAGCUGGAAGACGUCAAAAUAUCGGGAACGGCCCUGACCCUUGCAAUUUUGAACUUUUCAAGCUGCCAAAGGAUGCAGAGCGAGGACCAAUAUCUUGGCACAGAUUUAGCUCGGAUAUUGACUGGGUUGGAAUUGUCUUAUCCAGCGCUUGCUUGGGCAUCAUUUCUUAUGUCUUUGCCACCAUCACGGAUAGUCCAUCUAACAUUGGCACACCUGAAAAUAUUGCCUUGCUCUGUGCUGCUGGUAUUAUGAUCCCUGCGUUCUGGAUUUGGAUGAAUUGGCGAGAGAAGAAUGGCAAACCCGCAUUGAUCCCGAACUCCUUGUGGAAGAAAACCGCUUUUGCUUCCGUCUGCGCUAUGGUCCUAUUGUCCUGGGCAGUCUUGAACGGAAUGGAAACAAUUCUUAGUCUUUUGACUUUCAGUUCAUCGCUUGCACGCAACCAUCUGGUGCUGGUUAGCACAGUACUGAGUGCUGGCUCUCCGCUCCUGAUGGCCAUCAUUAAUCCGAGCUGGUCGUGGUGGUAUUGCGCUUUUUGGGCCAUGCUGCUUGGUCCUCUUUCCACAGAUGUCAUUUUCACAGUUGCGAACUUGAUCAUCACCGAUGCAUUUACUCCGAAGACGCAGGGACUUGCCGGUGCAGUAUUCAAUACGAUCGCACAGUUUGGAACAUCUAUUGGACUGACCAUCUUCGCCAUCAUCUCCGCGGGUGUCACUCAAGGCUCCAUAUAUUCAAGCAAAGGCUCACCGGAAGCACUGGUGACCGGUUAUAGAGCCGUAUUUUGA